UUCUUAGUUCUGUGUCAACAUGGGCCUGUAUCUCUGAACAUUGUUUUCAAUGUCAUUGGAUUUCAUUUUGAAAAAUACAACAAGAAAAUGAAAAGUCUUAUUUAUUGUAUUUUGAUACUUGUUAUUUUUUCAACCACAUUGGCAAAGAAGGGCAGAAGUAAUCGUCAUGGAGGUUACCAUGGUAGAACGGCAGUUGUCUACCUUGUCCCACCCGAUGGGCGGAGGAUACGACUUGGUGGGGAACAGAAUCGCUCUCUGUAUGCAGGGAAUGUGGAGGUGUUUCAGCGUAACCAGUGGGGCGGCGUUUGUGAUGAUGAAUGGAACAUGUUAACCGGCAGCAUCGCCUGUAGGCAGCUUGGAUUUACCAGUGGCGUAGAGAGGGUAACAACCCAAUCCGUAUUUGGCAAGGGGAGCAUUUCCUCUUUUAACAUCCUGCUGGACGACGUACAGUGCCAGGGUGCAGAAACAAGCCUGCUGGGGUGUGACUACAAGUACCCCAGUAACUGCCACAAUGGGGAACUGGCAGGCGUUGUGUGCAAACCUAACACAGGUUGCCCAGACGACUGGAUAGCAGGCCCUUCUAGCUGUUACUUUGUGUCUUCAAUCACUACCACCCAGCGAAAGUAUGCCGUCAACAAGUGUGCAGCAAUAGGGGGCAGGCUGGUUACCAUAGAAACAGAAGCAGAAAAUCACUUUUUGUCCACCGUUUUUGGAAGCGCAGCUGAUGAACCAAUCCUAACUGGGGGUGUGAAGGAUGGCUCCAGCUGGAUGUGGGAGACAGUGGAGCGGUUCCAGUCCCCCGCGUCCUUUCGCCAACGUCGAGCUCCCAAGUUGCGAAGUGGUGGUCGCAGAACCGGUGGUCACUCUUCCACCAUAGAGAGGACUGUUCAAGUGUCUAUUGAUUAUUUCAAGUGGUUUCCAGGAUGGUUGCCAGGAAACAUAAAUGCUGAACCAAGUGACAAGAGAAAUGAAAAAUGCCUGUACCUUCAGUCAUCCUUCGCCCAUCCUGACAAGUCUGUAGGCCCCCAGUGGGUAGGGUACAUGUUCUGGAUGGACGAGGUAUGCAAACGGACCAAUAGACGCCUCAAGAGCGGCUUCCGCUACAUGUGUGAGAGACCCAGGGAAGUGAACGAGACAAAGCAGUCUCCGCAAGAGAAGGAUGUCACUCAAGAAUGUUACACUGGUAAUGGGGAUUCCUACAGAGGAACGAUGGCUCAUACUGAGAAAGGCACCCCCUGUAUCUACUGGGCUCUCUCUAACAAACACACACCAGAAAAGUUCCCGGACAAGGGUUUGGCUGGUCACAACCACUGUCGUAAUCCGGACUCUGACUCCCGCCCCUGGUGUUACGUGGACCAUGAAGGACAUUUUGGCUUCUGUCCUGUCCCAGAAUGCUCUGACGCCCAUUCUGUCACUACGACAACCACUCCCUCUCCCACAGUUGCUCCCGAAUGUCCAGAUAACAAAUUCUACUGCUCUGCUGGAAAUAAGUGUAUUGCCUCUCAGUGGCAUUGUGACCAUGAGACAGACUGUGAGGGAAACGAGGACGAACGAAACUGUGACUAUACCAUAGAUCAGUUUACAAUGAAGCAGCACAGACAACUGGUGGAGUCGUUUGUCCAGGAAACAUUCAUGGGAAUCUCAAAUGAAACUUGUGCCAAGAUCUGCGUGGUGCGGGAGAGCUAUGUGUGUCGCGCAUUUUCGUACGAUGUAGAGGAGAGGAAGUGUGACCUCUCAGAAUUAGUUGAGCUGCCAGGACUCAGAAUCUACUCAUGGAAUUAUGCCUCCUCCGUGUUUGAACUCCCAUCACAGAUCGGUGACUGUGCGGGUCAGUUCAAUUGCACAAACGGCAGAUGUGUGGACUAUAGACUGGUGUGUAAUAUGGAGGAUAACUGUGGAGACUUCUCAGAUGAACAAAACUGUGGAGCUGGGGAGGAUGUGGAGGUACGUCUGGUUGGCGGGGACAACGAGCAGUCUGGCUGGGUGGAGGUUCGAUACCUGGGCAAGUGGGGGGUCAUAUGUGAUGACAGUUGGGACAAAAAUGACGCCGCUGUUGUGUGCAGCAUGCUUGGUUAUAACAGUUUAUAUGCUGAGGCAAUUGGUCACUCAAAGUUUGGGGAAGGGAAUGGUCAGUUUUUCCUGGACGAGGUUAACUGUUCUGGGAGCGAGGCAUCCAUUGCAGAUUGCGGACACCGGGGCUGGAAGGUGCAUGACUGCCGCUCGUUUGAGGUGGCAGGAGUUCAUUGUCAUGACCAGAAAACCUGCCGUUCUGACCAGUACACGUGCAGCAUUGGAAGGUGUAUAUCGGCCAGCGGCGUGUGUGACGGAACAUGUGAUUGUUACCCAGAAUGUGGAGAUGAACAGGGUGAUGGUACACAUGACUGUGAAUCUGUUUCGCUGAAGUUGAAGAAUGGCACUGAAAGCUCAGGCCGAGUGGAGAUAACUCGUAAUGGGGUGACUGGUACAGUGUGUGAUGAUUCCUGGGAUAACAAUGAUGCUAUCGUCCUCUGUAAAAUGCUUGGAUUCAGGUUUGGUGAGGCACGGGCGGGUGGCUCGUACGGUUUGGGUACAGGGCCUAUCUGGCUGGACGAGGUUGAGUGUACUGGGGAGGAAAUGUCUCUUAUGGACUGUCCAUCCUCAAACUGGGGCGUGUCAAACUGUGACCAUGCGGAGGAUGCAGGGGCAUUCUGCAGCAAUGACCUGCCUCAACUACCAACAUUGCCUCCAGAUGAGAUUGGCCCUGUUGGCCCUGUUGUUGUUCAGUUGGUGGAUGGUCCGGAUGCCAGCGCGGGUCGGGUGGAGCUUAUUGUGGAAGGCAGGCAGGGAACCAUCUGUGAUGAUGAGUGGGACAACAAUGAUGCCACCGUCAUAUGCAGAAUGAUGGGAUACAGCUCUGGAGAAGCAAAAGUGGAGGGAAGGUAUGGUCCUGGCAGUGACAGGCUGGAGAUCUUAUUUGAUGACGUUGACUGUGAUGGGACGGAGAGCUCCAUCGUCAAAUGUGGCCAUCCGGGGCUUGGUAUCAACAACUGCGCCCAUGGGGAGGAUGCCGGGGUUGUGUGUUAUACGGAGGAAGAGUAUGGGGACCAGACAGAGGAACAGGAGGAGUCUGACUUCAUCUGUGGAAGGAGACCUAGAGAGUUUAGAUCAAGAAAGAAGAGGGAAAAACCAAUGGAAGAGAAGCAACUGGCCCCGCCUCCGAAGUUUGAGCGCAUUAUAGGAGGGUUUACAGCAUCAAAGGGCUUUUACCCAUGGCAGGUUGGGGUGCGACGGAUCAUAGAGCCCGAUUAUCACAGUCACUGGUGUGGGGGAACCAUUCUCAACAAACACUGGAUACUAAGUGCUGCACAUUGUUUUCAGGAUUUGUCAAAAAGUGCCAUACUGGUGCGGACUGGUGACCAUGACAACAAGGUUUUAGAUGAUCAUGAACAGGAGUUUGAAUUAGAAGAAAUGAUCAGCCACCCAAGAUACGAUGAUAACACUUUUGACUAUGACCUUGCCCUGCUCAAAGUGAAGCGCAAGGACGGGGCAGGGAUCAAGUUCAAUGAAGAGGUUCAGCCGGCAUGUCUGCCACAGGAGGACACACCAUACGUUGUAGGAGAGAAGUGCCACAUCUCAGGCUGGGGGAAAGAUGAGUAUGCUUACCCGAACAUGCUGAAGUCAGCCAGAGUGCCAAUCAUUGAUGAUGCAACAUGCAUUCGCUUGUACAAAACCAUCUCACCGAACAUGGUGUGUGCUGGCUACCUGGCUGGUGGGAUAGACUCCUGCUCCGGGGACUCUGGUGGGCCUCUUGUCUGCGAGGUAGACGGCGUCUACACUGUGAUGGGGGCAACCUCGUUUGGGGCUGGAUGUGCAGAGGCCAAUGCUCCAGGUGUGUAUGCUCGUGUGACAGCAUUCUUGCCUUGGAUCAUGGACACCAUUCAACAAUUCUCAUAGAAUUUUGACACUCGCAUUAUUUUAGUAUGUCAAGACUAUAUGGUUUCUCUGUUGAUCAUGGAAAUAUUAGGAUGCACAUUGCUAAGUGUACACUGAUCUUAUCUUUGGAAAGAAAAUAAUUAAGGAACUCUUUUCAGCUAAGUGUGAAGGUUAUUACUGUUUCCACAUGACUACCUUUUUUUGUGCGUUAAUGUUCUUUGGAUUAUGUAAAUAUGAAAGAUUUAUUUUGAAUAAACGAUAAAUAAACACAGAAAUAGUUCAUGCCUUUU